CACUUUACAGUUUACAUUUUAUGGUUUACAUUUUAAUGUGAUUGACAAAGAUACGGUGUGGCCAACACAACCGAUCGAUUUUGAAAACAAAUUUCCGUAAUUUGGUGAUGGUGUAGGGACAUUUGACGUUGUUGAUAAUAUUAUUGUAAUGUUGGCACGAUGGCAUGCCUGUCAAAAUAGCGUCAGCCGUCAAGCGUGUGAACGUGGGGCUUUGAGGUUAUAUUUUACUACCACACGAACUUGUUUAUUUAAGAAUUAUUAAAAAAUGUCCUUCCGUGGAAGAGGAGGCGGUGGUGGCCGUGGGGGAUUCGGCGGUGGCAGAGGACGAGGAGGUGGUGGAUUUCGUGGUCGAGGCGGCGGUGGGGGCGGAAACUUUAGACAUCAAGAUGCUGGACCACCUGAGUCCGUCAUACCUCUAGGUCAUUUCGGCUGGACCGUCCAAGACGACCUCGUUUGUAAAGUAGAUAUAGAGGAUGUACCAUAUUUUAACGCGCCCAUUUACCUCGAAAACAAGGAACAGAUUGGAAAAAUCGACGAGAUAUUCGGUAACCUGAGGGACUAUUUUGUAUCAGUGAAGCUCGGAGAGAACAUAAAGGCAAAGAGUUUCAAGGAAGGGCAGCAGUUUUUUAUCGACCCUGCCAAAUUGUUACCACUGAAACGGUUUCUACCGCAGCCGCCGGGAGCGAAAAGGGGCGGUGGAGGUCGAGGUGGUAGAGGCGGCGGUGGAAGAGGCGGCCGCGGAGGUGGAUUUGGUCGCGGCGGAGGUGGCCGGGGUGGUGGUGGAUUCAACAGAGGCGGUGGUGGGUUCAAUAGAGGAGGUGGUGGCAGCGGCGGCUUCAACAGGGGAGGUGGUUUUGGAGGUAGAGGCGGCGGUGGCGGUUUUGGGCGCGGCGGCGGAGGCAGAGGUGGCAACUUCAGAGGCGGUCGUGGUGGAAGAUAGUGCGUUAUGUAAAGCACAGUAUGUGAUAAUAGUGCUAAUGUGGAUCUUGGUUCAAGAAAUAUGCAAGUGGCCCUCACCAUGUUAGAAUAUGCAUUUUUGAGUGGAAGCUCUUAAUGAGACUCUUCAACACCAAAUAAAUAGAGAUAUUAAAGUUAUAAGAAAAAACUAAGACAUAUGAGUUUCACAGGUACAUACUGAACAAAAACUACAUCAGUUGACAAUGACUUUUCAUGGUUAUUGUAAUUAUUGUAUUGUAAAUUCCUUGGAAUGCAAUUUUUAACCAAAUCAAUUCAACAUUAAGGCGAAUUGAAUGGUCUCAAUUGUAUUCUUAAUUUAGACAAAACAGUAACAUUGAACCUUGACUGAAUCAUAUGCUUAGUCCUAUUUUAUAUUGGUAGUUUGGCAACAUCGAAGUACAAUAAUUCUACUACAUUGGGCGAGUGGUGCUACUUAUGUGCCAUCUGAAUGUCUUUUCUCACGGAUUAAUAUAUCUUUAAAUGAAAGUCGACCAAAGCCGAAAAGGCUGUCAAUAUUAUUUUUUUACCAAAAUCACAUUUGAAACAAUUUUUAUAAGAUUGAUUCAAAAGCAUAUGAUCUGUGAAUCUAUUCAGAGGCAUGUGAUCAACUACGAUUUAAAAAAUUUAUUUAAAGCAAAAAGUCGUGCAUCCCUAAUCUGGGGGUCUACUCUCGAUCUC